AUGGCAGAGGCCCACUCAGCUGUGGCAUUUUCUUUUGCCAUAACCCACGAAGGAUGGGAUGUUAAUUUUGACAGAGAAGUCUUAAAUUUAGUUUGGGCUUCCGGUAUACGUUCUUGGAAAAAAAGAAUAGCCAGAUUUAAGAACAGUAUAAAAAAUGGAGUUUAUCCAGCGAGCAUGCAAAGUUUUUGGAUAACGGCUAGCAUAUUAGCGGGUUUACAUUUUAUAGGUAUAAGAGCACCAAAUGGCCUUCUAGUAAGAAUAUUACCAUUAUUACCCGAUAAUACAUUUCAAUGGCAGUUGAUAGGUUGUUGCGUUGUGGCUUUGUUUUGGUGGAUGACUUGCAUAUACUUUAUUCGUUACACUCUAAAGUUUGCUCUCAUGUAUAAAGGUUGGAUGUACGAAGAAAGAGGAAAGGACCGUAAGAUAUCAAUGAAAACGAAAAUUUGGCUUCUUUUAGUCAAAUUAUUAAUGAUUUCCGGUAGGCCACAAUUAUACAGCUUUCAGGGAUCAUUACCUAGAUUGCCUUUACCUUCGAUAAAUGAUACAAUGAAGAGGUACCUCCGCAGUGUUCGCCCUUUACUCGACGAUGUGGAAUAUGAAAAAAUGGAAAAAUUAGCAGCAGAAUUUGAAAAUGGUAUCGGUCGAAAAUUGCAAAGAUAUUUAAGUCUUAAAUCAUGGUGGUCGACAAAUUACGUAUCCGAUUGGUGGGAAGAAUAUGUUUAUCUUCGCGGUAGAGCUCCACUUAUGGUAAAUUCAAAUUUUUACGGUAUAGAUGCUAUUUUCAGGCAUCUGACUUCAAGACAAGCCAGUAGAGCAGCCGUAAUUAUUCAUGCUCUUCUUCAAUUCAGAAGACUGAUUGACCGUCAGGAAUUAGCACCUAUUUUAGUACAAGGACUCGUGCCUCUUUGCUCGUGGCAAUACGAAAGAGCUUUCAACACGACUCGGGUUCCCGGUAAGGAAUCCGAUAAAAUUGUACAUUAUUCCGAUUCGAAUCACAUCGUUGUCUAUCAUAAAGGACGUUAUUUUAAAGUUUUAAUUUAUUAUAAGAAUAGAUUGUUGAAUCCCGUUGAAAUUGAAAUGCAAAUGGAACAAAUAUUAAACGACGAUUCUCCUUCUAUCGAGGAAGAAGAAAAAAUUGCAGUUCUCACGGCUGGCAAUCGUUCAAAAUGGGGUCAAACCAGACAAGAUUUUUUUUUCAAAGGUCCUAACCGUGUUGCAUUGGACACCAUUGAAAAAUCCGCAUUUUUCGUUUGUCUGGAUGACGUCCCGUACGUUAUUAAUCACGAACAACCCAAUGGUAUGGACGAGUACGGAAGAAUUUUAUUACACGGUAAAGGCUACGACAAAUGGUUCGACAAAUCAUUUACAUUGUUUUUUUAUCGUUUUCAGAUUGGAUUCAACGCCGAACAUUCUUGGGCUGAUGCUCCUGUUAUGGGUCAUGCAUGGGAACAUAUUCUUCAAUUUGAAAGCCUUUCGGAGCGAUAUACCGAUGAUGGACAUUGCGUUGGUACGGCUGAAUUUACACCACCACCCCCGACGAGAAUAACGUGGCAAAUAAGCAAAGAUUUAAAAGCGGCCAUUGAUUCUUCUUACGAAAAGCUUUCAAAUGUUUUCCGACAUAUAAUGUUUAAAGACUACGGUAAGGGUUUUAUGAAAAAAUGCAAAGUUAGUCCGGAUGCUUACAUUCAAAUGGCUUUACAACUGGCAUAUUACAGAGAUUUUGGAAAAUUCAGUUUAACAUACGAAGCAUCCAUGACUCGUUUGUACCGGGAAGGUCGUACGGAAACGGUGAGAUCGUGUACCGUUGAAUCCGCGGAUUGGGUCAAAUCAAUGCACAGCUCAAAAAUUCCGGCUUCCGAAAAAAUUGGACUCUUAAGAAAAGCGUGCGCUUUACAUCAGAAAGGUUAUCAAGAUGCCAUGUGCGGAAAAGGAAUAGAUCGUCAUUUGUUUUGUCUCUACGUCGUUUCUAAAUAUUUAGAAGUCGACUCACCGUUUUUACAUAAAGUUUUGAGCGAACCCUGGAGACUUUCCACGUCUCAAACUCCACACGGACAAACGGCAAAUUUCGAUUUAAAAAAAUAUCCCACGUGUAUAUCCGCCGGUGGUGGUUUCGGUCCCGUUGCCGAUGAUGGCUAUGGAGUUUCGUACAUAAUAGCAGGAGAAGAUCUUAUAUUUUUUCAUAUAUCGUCAAAAGUAUCUUCCUCCUACACCAAUUCAAAUAGAUUUGCCAAUCAAGUUGAAAAAGCACUUUUAGAUAUGAAAAAAUUAUUUGAAGAUUAUGAAAAAAAUCAAAUCAACGGUGAUAUGUAA